UGAGCAUGGUGUUGGCGGUAGAGUACGGAUUCGGGGAACGGGCGGAGGAUAUGGGCGUCACGUGGGCGUACCGCUGGGUUGACUUCAGGCGGGAUGCGACCUGGUUCUGCCAACCAUACUCUACGCUACCUCCCGCUUAAUGCCCGGUCAUUGAGUCGCAAACAUCCUAUCGCUCAUUUCUACUGUCUCGCUAGGAAACACAUUCCUACCUCCAGGCUAUCCUGCAUCACGACUAUCUACCACCCACACGACUUGUACGACUAUCAUGAAGCGAUCUUACGACUACAGCUUUGCUACGGAUGGCCGGGACUACACAUAUGCGACUACCACACACUCCUUCACCUUACGACACCCCUACGCUAGGGCGACGCAGGCGGCGCCUUCAUACACCUACUCUGUUCAGGCUUGCUCGACCAAUAUCGCCUCCGGCUCUUCCUCUGGCACUGGACUGCCUUUCGUCGACUUCCGGAGGCCUCUGCUAUCCGCGACUUCUGGCUCUCAUGAUGACUUCCAGUCGAACGCAGCGACGCCCAAUGCCGCUGUCCCUCAGGAAGCUGAUGGCUACUUCGCGUUUCGACCUGAACCUGGUUCCACAGGUCUCGGAAUCCAGUGCGACGGACUCGCCGCCCAACAUGCGCGUCCUACUGUGAAGCAUGAAGAGUUCACUCUCGACAGCCUUGGUCAACUGUGCUCCCCUCUUCCUGGUGGACUGUUGGAAAUGCUCACUGAGCCUUAUGCCGCGCCUACUGGAGGCAACGAAUUCGGUCCUAGCUGCACCCAAACCGCGAAGGACGUUCUGCUUACACGAGAAGACGCUCAGGACGACGUGAUCACUCUCGAGGACUCUCUAGGAUUCUUCCCCGGGUCCGCCACGCCGUCUCUGCUGUACCCCAGCAGCCCUGCACUCGGCACGGGGGCAUUUUGGGGCGACGUCCCGCUCUUCUACUCUAGCGGCUCGGAGAGCAGCGUCGAGGACACGCUCGUCAACACGUCGCUGUUCUACCCAAGCAGCGCAGAAGUCAGCGCCACCAGCAGCCCUGUCAAGGCGGCGCUCUUCCUCUCCAGCAGCUCCCUCGCCAGCGUACAAGACAGCCACGCCGCAAGCUCCGGCUGUGUCAGGGACCCUCUUCGUGCUCUGCUCGACUUUGACUCGCCGCUGCUGGGUCUCGGUCAGGAUGUCUUUGUCAAGCAGCAAGAGGCUGUCGUCGGCCUCUACGCGGACGUCAACCUGCGCAGGAUCCCCACCGCACACGAUGCCCCUGAGGUCUAUAUCAACCCUGCUGAGCUGACGAGCGGACAUGGACUGGCGGUCAAGACAGAAGAGGAGCAAGACGUGGCGGAGCUGUCUGGACGUCCGGACGUUGUGGCGCCCGAGCAGGACAAGCUGCCAACCACCGACUCUGGAGCGAUCACUGGCUUCACCGACGAGGCGGUCCAGGCCAUCGUCGGCGUCAUCACUGGGGCGAACCAUGGGGAAUACAAGCCUCCCUCCUCAAGCCUCCCUGAGCCUCGGGAGGCUCUCGCAUGUCUCUUUCCCCCGCCAGGCAUCCCUCCGCCUAUCAUUCCUCAACCCACCAACUUUCCCUUCGCCCCCUCUACUCUGGCGCCGCCUGUUACUGCCCCGCCUCCCAAGCCCGCACUACCUCAAGAGAGCAUCCAACCCGCGCAAUAUGGUUUCGCAAGCCUCAACUACGCUCCGUAUGCAUUCUUUCCUUCAAGUCUAACCGCCCUCCAGCAGCCCCAGGUGCACCGCACACCGCUCCUCGAUUGUCAACCGCCUGCGCCCGUCCCGGUUCAGCAAACCCAAGCCCAUGCCUCGCCGAUCCUCUUCGACACCCACAACGCCGGCGCCUGCGUCACGCACCCGCAGAGCCCCAUCUGCAACGCGCACAUGGGCGUCGAGCUGGAGGAGCUCCGGCAGCGCGCGGAGAAGUACCGGCAGCACAACUUCGGCGUAGACAUCGACAAGGUGUGGCUGCAGGCGUUCGCGGGGCGGCUCUCGGAGGACGGCGUGCUCAUCGACGAGUGGCGGUGCUACGUGAAGGGGUGUUCGCAGCGCAACAAGCGGAGGGACCACAUCCUGGUACACGUCGGCUCGCACGUCGAGCAUCGGCCGUUUUGCUGUGGGCGGUGCGGGAUGCGCUUCCUGCGCAAGAACGAGUGCAAGCGGCACGAGGCGAGCCACGACGGGACGAAGCCAUUCGAGUGCUCGAUUUGUGCACCCGUGCAGCACAGGAGCUUCGCGCGCCAGGACCUGCUCAAGCGCCAUAUGCGCGUGACACACGGCGUGACGGGCGGGUCGGAGCGGCGGAAGAGGAUGAAGAUGGACGUGGACGAUGGCGAUGGCGAAUACCACCCGUGAACGUGCGAGGAGACACGGUGCUUCCGAAGAGUAUUUGGAAGCGUCUCGUAUAACCUGUUGAGAACUGGUGUAUGUUGGCCUCCUGGUGUAUCUGACAGCCUAGACAUUAAUGAGUCAAUAUUAUGAGAUGAUGACAAUGUA